AUGCCGCGCUUCGACCCCAACUUCACGGACAACGUCAUCAACAGCAUGGGUCCCAAAACGACCCCGCGCUUCCGCCAACUGAUGACCGGUCUAAUCCGCCACGUCCACGACUUUGCGCGCGAAAACGAACUCACCGUCGACGAAUGGAUGGCUGGCGUAAAGCUCCUCAACUGGGCUGGUCAAAUGAGCGACGAUAAGCGUAACGAAGGACAGCUUGUUUGUGAUGUUAUCGGACUUGAAUCCCUCGUAGACGAAAUCACAUAUACAUUGGCCAACGAAGCCCCCGACGCCCCCACCGCAACCGCCAUCCUCGGCCCGUUCUUCCGCGCCGACACCCCCUACCGGGACAACGGGGCGAACAUCGUCCUGACCCCGCCGCCCGAUGGCGAAAUGGCAUUCAUGCACGGGCAAGUCGUGGACUUUGCGACCAAGGAGCCGCUCGUCGGGGCGACUGUUGAGGUGUGGCAGGCUAGCACGAAUGGGUUGUAUGAGCAGCAGGAUCCCAAGCAGGAGGAGUUUAAUCUCCGCGGGAAGUUCAAGACCGAUGAGCAGGGUCGGUAUAGCUUUUAUUGUUUGAGGCCGACGCCGUAUCCGGUUCCUGAUGAUGGUCCCGCUGGAAAGCUGCUCGAGUUGAUGGAUAGACAUCCGUUCAGGCCGGCGCAUAUUCAUAUUAUUGCUACAUAUGACGGCUACAAGCCCCUCACGACGCAAAUCUUCGAUUCCAAGGAUAAAUACCUGACCAAUGACUCGGUGUUUGCGGUCAAGGAUUCGCUGAUCGUGGAUUUCGUGCCUCGCAAGGAUGAUCCUCAAGCUGGUCUUGAGUUGAACUAUGAUGUUAAGUUGGUGCGGGCGCCGGCGAACUGA